AUGUUCUGUUUGUUCCGAACUCUACUGACAUCUUCAGCUAAGGACCCUCUAUCCUCUGAACUGCUGAGGCCCACUGUAGCAGAAUUUGCUCAGCUGAGAGGUCGUAAGCGUGCGCUUAAACAAGGCAUUACUCGACAACAGAGGCUUGAACGAAGACUGAAGAGGGAAGAACGUGAAGCAGCCAGGAAACAGUACACUUUUAUGGAAAGGAUCAACAUUCGACGAAUGAGAAAUCUUCUGUCGCCAUCGCAACAAUUUCCUGGUCGACUAUGUCAGGACGACGAGAAGGAUCUUCCAGAUAAGCCCUUGACUAACAUAUUCAUCAGAAGUAAGGUUAAAACGCAGUACUAUUCGGUCGCUGAAGCUCUUUUGCGACAUCGUGAAGUGCAGCAACCGUCCGUUUAUAACAAUACGAACGCACCGUUAAGGUUAAGGCUCGAAUUGAACAUGAACACGGAAAAACAAACUAAAAUGGUCUCGAACUCUGACGAAAUUGUACCUGUCCCAUUCCCCUUUGAACACAAAGAGAAGCGAACGAUAUUGGCAUUUGUUAACGAUCCAAAAUUGCAAGAAGUCGCCGUGGAAGCAGGAGCGGAAAUAGCUCUUGGGCAAGAUGUGGUCAAAAAGAUUAUAAAAGGCCAGUUCCGUACAGAUGACUACGAUUUCUGUGUAGCUCACAUGGAUAUGGCAACCUACAUUUUACCUCUUAGGGGAAUAUUGCGCACUAGGUUCCCCACACGAUCGAAUGGUGGUCUAGGGGAAGAUCUCCCCGAACUCAUACAGAAGUUCAAGAAUGGUGUUAAGCUUGCAAUCAAAGGUGACCCAGUUUACCCGAUUUGGGGACUUAGCGAUGCUGUAGUUGGUAAGCUUAGUAUGCCAGACCAGCAAGUUGAAGCAAACAUUGCUGCAGUGGUGAAAGCUGCAUGUUCACAUAGAAAUCCAGCCUUAGGACCAUUUAUUAAUAGAGCACUUCUGAUGACAAUUCCUGGUGAAGAGCAUUACGCACUAAACAUUGAUGAAUGGUUACCUGUUGCUUCAGAAGAAGAAAUCGAAAAGUUGGAAAAGCGUCGUAGCAAAAAAGGAAAGAAGAAAGAAAAGAAGGAUGAGGAGGAACCGUUAAUCGCAGAGGCUUAA